ACGCAUAUGAAUUAAUUUAUUCGAUGAGAGAUCGAGCCACCCUGCAGAACACCAAAGAUGGCAUCAAGUCCAUCAAGCAGUCAAGCCACUAAUGAGGAUCCACACGGUCCUCUAACAUCUGCAUGCCAAGCCACGAUAACUCUUAUACCGCAAAACGCUGAAGCGAAACUUGCAUUCACCGAAGUUGUCGACUGGCUGCUCGACGUUUCCCAAGCAGACGACUCUCAGGCUGAAAAGAGAGUUCAAGCCAGCAACCAUGUCUCCACGCUCAUGAAGCAGAUCCAGACUGGUCACCUCUCUUCGUCGUCUCCAAGCUCUUCUGGGCGAGACAUUAAUACAUCUGCUAGGUCUGGCACCACAAAGACACAUAACGAUUUGAUCUUAUAUCUUGACAACUCUGCCCUCCACGGCAUUCGCCAACAUCAUGCUGCAUUCCAAGUCCAUAAGACAGGGAGGAUUCUAGUACAAAAGAUCUCAGAUCGUGGUAUCAUAGAAGUCGAUGGCGAUAUGCUAGGCCUAAGAGAGCUAAGGGUAUUAAAUAAGCAUACCUCGUCUAUCCGCCUCGGACAAUUAAAGUACCAGAUUGAGUAUACGCGCUUCAGUGCUACACAAGAACAUUCUGAAGCAAUAAGUAAAUACAUAGGCAAGUUCUACAGACAUACAAAUCCACUUGAUAUAUCCAUAACGCCGACGCCAGCACUGGGCAACACUAUCCAGAUUAGUCAAUGGACCCUUAGCAGCGCUGGGAUGAUAGGCAUAGGCGGUUCAGGACGAGUCAGCGUAGGCAUGAAUAAUAGGGGAGACAUCAUGGCUUUGAAGAGAAUAAGUGUUGCAAGUAACAAUGUUGCUAUUCAUAGGCGACAAAGAAUACUCGAAACACUGACGCAAUUAGCAGAUGAUGCCGACGAGGAUCGCAUCGUGCGACUCGUCGAGGUUAUCACAGCUGAUCCAAAUGCCGCUAACAAAUCUGCUGAUCCCCAAAUUAGCUCGGAGCAUGACGCUAUCUCUACUAGAGGCACUUAA